ACUCUGUCAUCACUGGAAACGUAAACAACUCUGUGCACGUGGGAUAGAAUCUAGCUGUAAGCCUGAGAUCUCAUUCGAUUCAGGACGUGUACCGCAAUCAAUGGGAUCUAAAAUAGGGAGGUUGUUUACUCGCUCAGCAAGUAUCCCAGCAGCUAGUAACAGAUCAUCUCCCAAAAUAGUUGCUUCAACUGAUGCGAGUGUCCACGAACGAAGUUCAAAACUUCUCCACAGACUCAAGGAUGUCUACGUGGAAUCCACCACGGACAUAAUCACGCAAAAGAAUCCGUAUGAAUCUGACAGACAGAAGCACAAGCUUCCUCAAGACAGAAGAUUUGUGGAUAAGGAUAGCUACCUGACAAGUGGAGUUCCUGACGGCUAUGUGACUUAUCAACAAGUUUUAGAGGCUCUACAUAAAUGCAAAGACUCUGACCAAUGGCCAAUUGAAAAGCUAGCCUCUGAGUACAAAAUGGACAAGGCUGACCUCGAUACUUUGGUCAAAUAUUUCAGUAGCUACAAGGUGGUUAGUAAAACUGAAGACAAUGCUCCUCCUAUGGAAUUUCAUUCACUCAUCAGUUAAUUUGCAAUUAUAUGUUACUGCUGUGUCUUUUUGUUAACAUUUGAUUAUGUCAUAGAUUUAGUGUA